UUAAAACAGCUGUGACCUGCAAGCUGUAAUGCUGAUAGUUUAGACUUGAGGCUGUUUUUCAUACUCAUUUGGGUGUAGAAACAUGAACAUUGUUAUCUUGUAACAUUUGGGCAAACUGUGCUGGUUAUAAAACCUAGACUUAAUGGAGUAUCACUUUAAAUUUGUUUCAUAUCUUAAGCUGAGAGAUGUGGUACUUGUAGCAACAUACCACAAAUGGACUAAGUUGUUAGAAAAGAUGUCUCAGAAUCAAUGUCAUGGGUGUAUAAAAUUGGAAGAGCACCUAAAGUCAGCUAAAGAGAUGAAGAAGCACAAAAAAGAAGUACAUGCUCUUCAGUUUCAAAUUUCUGAUGAUGCACUUCAACAGAUGCCUGACUUUCAGGGCCAGAUAGAUGUGCGGAAGGAAAUUGGAUAUAUUGAUAAAGACCUUGUUGUUCAAAUGAAAGGACGUGUUGCCUGUGGGAUGAAUUCUGGGGAGGAGUUGAUUUGCACUGAUUACUUGUUUGAGAACCAACUGAAUGAUGAUCUUGAACCAGAAGAAGCGGUGGCAUUAAUAGUUGUGCAGCCCCAAAAGUCAUUGGUCCAUCCCAAACAAUAGAACCACAAGGCCAAAAAAUCCGCAAGCCCAAUAAGAAGAACAAUAUGUAGAUAGAGUUGCUAAAAAGGACCAAGCCCACAAGCCUCAAACAAAAACUCCAUCAGCUGCAAUGUUAAACACUUAGGGUAAAAGUUCAGAAAGGAAA